AUGGCAUCUGUUUAUACAACUUUGGCAAUUAUAGGAAUGUUUUUUAUUUCUCCUGUUUUAGUACCAGCACUGUUUUGGGGAGUUGUAUUAUAUGAUUUUUUCAAAACAGAAUUGCCACCUGGAAUUGAGCAACCUCUAAAGCUUCGUGUUUUCCACUCCUUGAUGAUCACGACCAUGGUCGCGGGAAAGAUUUUGGAGAAGCUGGGGAUCUGCAAUGAUUUAACCAUACUGCGAGCAGCGGUCAAUGGGAUUCCUCCAUGGAGAGAUUCCAAACUGCUUAUCAAAGAUCUCACAGUAGAUGAGGUACCCUUGAGGAUUUAUCAGCCCAAAAGCCCACCCACUGGCAAAAGAAGAGGAAUUCUCUAUUUUCAUGGAGGCGCUGGCACAUUUGGGAGCAUUAGAGCCUUUGAAAGAGUAUGCCGCUAUAUGGCCAAAAAAUGCAACUCAGUGGUUGUGUCUGUUGGGUACCGUCUGUCUCCUGAACAUCCCUACCCAGGGCAGUAUUUUGACUGUCUCAAUGCCACCUUAUACUUCAUGAGGAAUUUGGAAGAGUAUCACGUGGAUCCUGGUCUCAUCAUCCUCAGUGGUGACAGCUGUGGGGCUAAUUUUGCCACAGUUAUUUGCCAAAUACUGCUGAAUGACAGAGAUCUGCCAAAAGUACGUGCUCAGGUCCUGCUUUACCCAGGACUCCAGGGGCUGGAUUUCCACUUGCCCUCCUACCAGCAGAACGCUUUUGUCCCCAUAUUGUCCCGGAAGAUGAUCAUCUACUUCUGUUUUCGUUACCUUAACAAAAAACCCACAUUUUGGAAAGAGGUUCUACAAAACAGCCAUGUUCCUGAUAGUAUGAGACACCAGUAUAAGAAAUGGGUAAGUGCUGACCUUAUUCCUGAUGAAUUUAAGGUUAGAGGCUAUGUACCAACCAAACCUGCAUCAUAUAAACCUGAAGUCCAUGAAGCUAUCAAAGAAAUUUUAGCAAUAACAUUUUCCCCACUAUUAGCUGAAGAUUCCAUUAUUUGCCAGCUCCCUGAAUCCUUGAUUGUGACCUGUGAGUUUGAUGUCUUGAGGGAUGAUGGUCUGUUAUACAAGAGGAGACUAGAGGAAAAUGGUGUUCGAGUGACCUGGUAUCAUUGUGAGAAUGGCUUCCAUGGAAUUUUAGCCUUUUUUGGCUAUGGGAUUUUUUCCUUUUUAUCUGCAAAUAAGAUAAUGGACAGUAUUGUGAAUUACAUAAACAGUUUAUAG